GGCCGCGCUGCGGGGCUUCGGUCGUUCCGCCGCCAUGGGAGCCGAGAAGAGGAUGCUGCCCAUCAAGGAGGCUUUUCAGCUGGCGCAGCAGCCGCACCAGAACCAGGCGAAGCUGGUGGUGGCUCUGAGCCGCACUUACGGCAAGGUGGAUAAUAAAACAGUUUUUCAUGAAGAGUUUGUUCAUUACCUGAAAUAUGCCAUGGUGGUCUAUAAACGUGAACCAGCUGUGGAGCGUGUGAUAGAAUUUGCAGCCAAGUUUGUCACUUCAUUUCACCAAUUGGAUACCAACAAUGAUGAAGAAGAGGAAGAUGAUGGCAUUUUAAAUUAUUUGUUUACUUUCCUGUUAAAGUCUCAUGAAGCAAACAGCAACGCGGUCAGGUUUAGAGUAUGCCAACUCAUAAACAAGCUUCUGGGAAGUAUGCCAGAAAAUGCCCAGAUCGAUGAUGAUUUGUUUGAUAAAAUUAUGGAAGCUAUGCUUAUUAGAUCGAAAGAUAAGAUUCCAAAUGUGAGAAUACAGGCAGUUUUGGCUCUUUCUCGACUCCAGGAUCCCAAGGAUGAUGAGUGCCCAGUGGUUAACGCAUAUACUACUUUGAUUGAAAAUGAUUUGAAUCCAGAAGUUAGGAGGGCAGUGUUAUCAUGUAUCGCACCAUCAGCCAAGACUUUGUCAAAGAUUGUAGAGCGCACCAAAGAUGUGAAAGAGGCUGUCAGGAAGUUGGCUUAUCAGGUUUUAGCUGAAAAAGUUCAUAUGAGAGCGAUGUCCAUUGCUCAGAGAGUAAUGCUCCUUCAACAGGGUCUCAAUGACAGAUCAGAUGCUGUGAAGCAAGCCAUGCAGAAGCAUCUUCUCCAAGGCUGGUUACGCUUCACUGAAGGAAAUAUCUUGGAGCUGCUUCAUAGGUUGGAUGUAGAAAAUUCUUCUGAAGUGGCAGUCUCUGUUCUCAAUGCUUUAUUUGUAGUGACUCCUCUCACUGAACUUGUGGAGAUCUGUAAAAAUAAUGAUGACAGGAAAUUGAUCCCUGUGGAAACAUUAACUCCUGAAAUUGCUUUAUAUUGGCGUGCCCUCUGCGAUUACUUGAAAUCAAAAGGAGAUGAAGGCGAAGAGUUUUUAGAGCAGAUCUUGCCAGAGACUGUAGUAUAUGCAGAGUAUUUACUGAGUUAUAUCCAGAGCAUUCCAGCAGUUGACGAAGAACAGAGAAAUGAUUUUUCAUAUAUUGGAAACUUAAUGACAAGGGAGUUCAUUGGUCAGCAGUUGAUUCUAAUGAUCAAGUCUUUGGAUACUAGUGAAGAAGGAGGACGGAAACGGCUGGUGGCUAUUUUGCAGGAGACUCUGACGCUACCCACAACGCCAAUAUCCCUGGUUUCUCUGCUUGUUGAAAGGUUACUCCACAUCAUCACAGAUGACAGUAAGAGGACACAGAUUGUUACAGAAAUUAUUUCAGAGAUUCGUGCACCCAUUGUUACUAUUAAUGUUAAUCCAUCUGAUACAAGAAAAAAAGAACUCAAGGUGGCUGAAAUAAAAGUUAAACUUAUUGAAGCGAAAGAAGCUUUGGAAAAUUGUAUUACCUUACAAGAUUUUGAUCAGGCAUCAAAAUUAAAAGAAGAAAUAAGAGCACUGGAAAAUGCCAAAGUAGAGCUGUUGAAAGAAACAGAACAACUUGAAAUUAAAGAAGUCCACACAGAGAAGAAUGAUGUGGAGACACUACAAAAGUGUCUUGUUCUGUGCUAUGAACUGUUGAAGCAGAUGUCCAUUUCUACUGGGAUCAGUGCGACCAUGAAUGGAAUCAUUGAAUCUUUGAUUCUUCCUGGAAUAGUAAGUAUGUAUCCAGUAGUAAGGAAUUUGGCUGUUUUGUGUCUGGGAUGUUGUGGACUACAGAAUCAAGAUUUUGCCAGUAAACACUUGGUGUUACUGUUACAGGUUUUGCAAAUUGAUGAUGUCACAAUAAAAAUCAGUGCAUUAAAGUCAAUCUUUGACCAACUGAUGACAUUUGGAAUUGAACCAUUUAAAACUAAAACCAUCAAAGCUCCUCAAGGUGAAGGUGCAGAAGUCAGCAGUAAUGAUGAGCUGGAUGUCAAAGAAGCUGAGGAGGCCACCGCUGCCAAGAAUGUUCUAAAGCUUCUUUCGGAUUUCUUAGACAGUGAGGUUUCUGAACUCAGGACAGGAGCAGUGGAAGGCCUAGCCAAGCUGAUGUUUUCUGGGCUUUUGGUCAGCAGCAGGAUUCUUUCUCGUCUCAUCUUGUUGUGGUACAAUCCAGUGACAGAAGAGGACAUCCGACUCCGACAUUGUCUGGGGGUGUUUUUCCCCAUGUUUGCUUAUGCUAGCAGGAUUAACCAGGAGUGCUUUGAAGAAGCCUUUCUUCCAACUCUGCAAACACUGGCUAAUGCGCCUGCAUCAUCUCCCUUAGCUGAAAUAGAUAUCAUGAAUGUUGCCGAGUUGCUCGUAGAUCUGACAAGACCUAGUGGACUGAAUCCUCAAGCCAAGAAUUCUCAAGAUUACCAAGCUUUAACAGUACAUGACAAUUUGGCUGUGAAAAUCUGUAAUGAGAUCUUAACAAGUCCAUGCUCACCAGAAAUUCGGAUCUAUACGAAAGCUUUGAAUUCUUUAGAAUUAAGUAGCAGUAUUUCCAAAGAUCUUCUGGUUCUCUUGAAUGAGAUUUUGGAGCAAGUUAAAGAUAGAACAUGCCUGAGAGCUUUGGAAAAGAUCAAGAUUCAGUUAGAGAAAGGAAACAAAGAAAUUGGUGACCAACCCAUAGAAGUACAGGAUGCCAGCGCCACUGCACCUGUUCCUCCGAAGGAAGAUGAAGACGAAGACAAUAAAGAAGCAUAUAUGACUCCUUUGAGGGAUACAAAAGCAUCAAAAUCCACACAGCAAAGGACUAACCGAGGUCGGAGAAAAGUGACAGCGUCAGCCAGGACAAACAGAAGACGCCAGACUGCUGAGGCCAGCUCUGAAAGUGAUCAGGACAUUCCAGAGCCAGCGCCAAAGCCAGAAGUGAAGGUGAGGUUACCCCGACGGGCCAAAACCGCAGCCCUGGAAAAAAGUAAACUUAACCUUGAACAGUUCCUCCAUGAAGAUGGAAAUUAGCAGAGAUGCUGGAGGCUGAGUCUUCUAAAAGUCUACUUGUUUCUUUGCUUUAAUAAAGUUUUUUGGUUUUGAAACCAUACGAGGCCGAAUGUCUUCUGAGGACGGCUGGGUGGCGCCACACGUGCUCUGCGUCAGGACAGCAGAGUCUGCUGAUGUGAUUGGGCAAAGGCCAUCUUUAUGCGUCACACAGACUUGUCUCAUCACAAUCAGAGGGGGUCUGCGGUUUUUUAAAAAGGUCCCCUGGCAGUGGUAGAGGGCCUGCCUCACAGCGGUUAGGCAAAGUUAAAACCUUAGUACUACAAAAUAAGCUCCCCAGGUGGUUAUUAGGGAAUUAUGGCCUUAGGAAAAACUUAAGUAUCUAGUGAUUUGCAUCGUCUGGAAAGUUUAGGUGGAACAGAUCCUAAGACAGCUAGGAACACCUUAGGACACAUUUCAAAGACAAAGUACCACAGACAGGCCAGAAAGGAACUAAGUCAUUAGCCUGUUUGGCUCCUCAUUCAGAUGAAACAGUUGUUCUGACAACCUUAUUUUGUGAUUCCUAUGCUAACAACAUAUUUGAUAAUAUUAUCUGCAUGCGAAGUCCUCUCUCUACACAUUUCCACAUGGGAAGCUUUGUAGGUGAAUGCUGAGUUAUGGAGAUAGCCACAUGUGUGUUAGUCAUGGAAGUACUUUCUGUUUGAUACAAUAAAAGUAAGGUUGUUUUUUUUUUAUUGUGGAUAAUGCUACUGACUGGAAGUCCUCUUUAUAUACUAAUUUAUGAACUCUGUUUCUGCAUUGUCAUUUUCUAAAUGGUCUUGUAAUUAGCACUGAGUGAAAUUAGUUCUUUUAGCAACAACUAAUGCAUCACUUUUUUUUUUAAAGCCCUAAUAAAUAACCCUUUUUUCUAUUACUUAGAAAAAUGUUCUAACGUGUGUCUGUUUUAGAAAUUGUGCUUCUUUAGGCUUAUCAGAGGCAUUUAGUUCAGGUGGUGCUUCCAUAUGGAACGAAGGUAAUAUUGCUGGUUUGUAGAACCAGUUUGCUAUGUUAUAUACACAUAUGUGCUUGGCUGGAACUCAGGAGUCAAAAAUCACAAUGCAAAAAUGCUUAUUGACC